AUGCUGGAAUGCGCGAUCCCAGAGCAUCUCCACAAGGAAAGAACAUGCCCGGUUAGCACACCGCCCAACUAUGUUCCGCCUUUCCCUGCGUAUUGCGCCAGGUUUCCCACCAAGAUGGACGAGCUCGUCAUGGCAGUUAUAGGAGCACAGUAUGCCUCUGUCGCUGGAAACGAUGGCACGGCCAUCUCUAAGCUGCAAGAUUUUGUCAAUAAAGCGCCAGAGUCAAAGCGACCGUCGUUUUGGGAAGUGGCUUCCGUUGUCGACAAGAGAGGCGCGUACAGCAUUGCUGUCAUUGCAUACUGGCGCAGCGCAGACGUGCACAAGAAGUGGCAGCAAGAAUCUGGUUUCGAUACAUGGUGGCAGAGUCCAGACAGGGAACAAGAUGGACAUGGCUGGUUCCAAGAAGUCCUGCGUCCAACGAUCGAUCGUUUUGAGACGGUGUUUUCGAACCCCGAGAAUCCAGAAGGGGCCGCCAACAUGCAGGAGAGGAUCUCGGGCGAGAUGGAAGAACAUGCAUAUUGGGGUAGCAUGCGCGACCGGCUGGCAGCUGCUCAAGACAAUAGACUUGAUGGCACCAAAUUGAGCUCUGCCAACAGCAGCGCCAAUGGCUCGCCUGUUAGCGACAACGUUCCAAAGCGCGUUCGUGUACCCGGCAAGCCCAACCUGUGUGUAAUUCGGUCGGGUCAGGAUUGGUCCAACACGCUACCUGAAGAACGCAACCUCUAUCUCAAUACCAUGCAUCCCGUGCUCAUGGAGGGUAUGAGGUUUCUGCGCGAUGAAGGUCGCGAAAUUGGGUGCUAUGCGAUGAAUUUGUGGGACGUCGUAGACUCUAGGUCGUUCUCAGCAAACCGUGAGAGGACGUUCGGUCUCGGUUACUUUGAUGACCUGGCAUCUCUCGAGUACUGGAGUAAGAGCCACCAAACUCAUAUCAAUAUUUUCGGAGGCUUUCUGAUGUAUGCGAAGAAGCUCAACAACGUGUUAUCGCUCCGACUGUUCCACGAGGUUUACGUGCUAGAGCCGAACCAGCAAUUCUUCGAGUACAUUGGAUGCCAUUCCGAGACGAGUAUGAUGAAUGCACAUUGA